AUGCUUUCAUCGGAGGUCAUAUCCGAAGGAUUGAAGGCAAGAACUAAGGGUUCGAUGCUCCGAGCUGCAACUCCCAGUCCAUUUACCACCCUUCACGACCCGCUCGACCUCCAUCGGGCUGUCGCCGUCACAGAUUCCAUCUCCUUAUUUACAUCCGAUCUAGACAACAAUGUCUUGACAUCAAGCUGGGCUAUUCUUUUGGCCUGUUAUUCCGGUUCUACCGCAAUCAGACUCGAGAUCGAUUUUCGGCAUACUGACGGAUCGGCGGCGGAAGCGGCAACACAUGGCAUCGAACUAGAUCUGCAUCCCAGCCAGAGCAUACAAGCGACAUUGGACGGAGUGACAAAGAAGUUGAAAGGCGUCCAUGAGCUGAGAGAAGGAGACAAGAGCGAAACUGUCCAAGGACUUCGCGUUUCGAUGGUUUCGCCAUUGACUUCUUGUGCAGACCUCCCAAGCAGCGAUGUGUCCGAAGGCCACCAGUGGCACACGCUGGAUGAUGACGAAAUACUACGUAUGGUAAUCCAACCAGCAUCUGGGAAGUGCCUAUCCUUUUGCAUUUACUAUGCAGCAACAGUUGGCUUUCAUGACGUCGCCUCACGCUUCACGUAUCAGUUUGCUCAUCUUGUCCGUCAGAUCACAUUGGCUGCUCCUGAUCUGACAUUGCAACACCUCGAUAUGAUCUCAGAGUUUGACAGAGCCACACUCGAACAGUGGACUCCACAGACAAGCAAGUCGGUACUGGAAUGUUGUCAUCAUCUCUUUAGCGCCCAAGCAGAGAAGCAGCCAUCCGCUCCUGCUAUAUCGUCGUGGGACGGUGAACUCACUUACGGCCAGGUCGAAUCGUUGUCAGAAAGACUGGCAAGUGUGCUUCUCAGUAAUGGGUUCAGUAAAGGGAUGAUCAUUCCACUAUUGUUUGAGAAGUCGAAGUGGAUGGUGGUCGCUACGUUGGCAAUCCUUAAGGCCGGUGGGACCUGUGUCAGUCUGUGCACCGAUUAUCCAGACUCUUACGUCCACAGCAUUAUCAAGAAGUUGAACUCAAGAGGAGUUCUAUGUUCGCGGUCGCAAAGCGAUAGGCUUGGACAUGACGGGUAUCUCCGAUGGGUAGUUCCCGAGAUUUUUGAGACAUCAUUUUGUUAUGAACAGUAUAUUGUCCACACAGGCCCCCAUGAUGUGGCUCAUCUCAUUUUCACCUCUGGCAGCACUGGAGAGCCCAAAGGCGUGAUUUUGACGCAUGAGGCUAUUGCCACGGCCACCCACCAUCAAAGUCAUGCUCUGAAUGUGCACCCAAGCUCUCGGAUCCUGCAGUUCUCCUCGUAUGCUUUUGACAUGAGCGUCUUGGAGACGUGGUAUGCGCUGACGCGCGGCGCCUGUCUAUGCAUUCCGUCCGAGAAGCAACGGCUCUGGGAACUGCCAUCCUUUAUUCAAAAUCAUCGUGCUUCGUGGGCAUUUUUCACCCCAACACUUCUACGCAGCUAUGCACCGGAGGAUUUGUCUUAUCUGGAGACAGUCGUUCUCGGUGGUGAACCAGUGACUCAAGACUUGGUUGCUCAGUGGCACAGCCAUAUCCGUCUGUUCAACCUCUGGGGCCCCUCGGAAGGCUGUGGCGGUGCAAGCAUCGAGAUCCUUCCCGGAAGCUGGAUUCCUGGGACCUUUGGAAGCAGUGCCUGCUGUAAUUUAUGGAUUGUGCGACCGGACAAUGUGGACCAUUUGGUCGCUAUUGGAACAGUUGGGGAGAUUAUCAUAGAAGGGCCUGCCGUGGCCCAAGGCUAUCUUAACGAUCCCGUGCAGACUGGUAAGGUCUUCAUACCACCUCCUCAAUGGCGCAGUACCUUCCCUCAACCUAUAAGCGGACGCUUCUACAAAACUGGAGAUCUUGCCCAGUACAAUGCCGAUGGGUCAAUCCGUUAUCUUUCACGGAAGGAUACUAUGGUCAAGAUCAACGGUCAGCGAGUGGACAUGGACCAGGUUGAGGUUGCCCUCCGCCGCCUGGAGCCCAAUCACCCGAUCGCCGUAGAUGCUGUUAUGCUACAGGAUCGAAGCAACCGCUCUGACCCAGUCCUCCUGGCAUUUGUCGAGCAUGCUGUAGGCGUCGAAUGGGACGAGGACCUUGCCACGGUACGAUGGCCGACUCAAGUGCCUCGCUCCUUCCACACUGAGGCUUCGCGUCUUCUCGACCGCCUGGCAAAGUCUCUACCCCGAUUUAUGGUCCCCUUGUUCCUCAUCCCCCUGACUCGGAUGCCGAUUGGGCCUACGGGGAAGGUGGACAAAAAACGUCUGCGCAAGGCUGUGACUGGCAUGUCUCACACUGAUCUCGUCACGAAGUUAUAUCACAAGAGCCGCUCUUUGACGUCAAAUACACAGUUAUCACCGUUUCCCCCGACGAGAUCUGAACAUAUUCUCCUAGAAAGUGUGGCCAGCGUCCUGAAAAUACAGCAAUCGGCCAUUGAUUUGGAUCGCCCCUUCCGACAGCUGGGCGGGGAUUCAGUCUCGGCCAUCCAAGUUGCACGGCACUUAGCCAGACACGGCCACUACCUUCAUUGGGAGGGACUCCUCGAUGCUGAGCGCUCGUUGAAGAACCUUGCGGCCUCAAUUCAGGCCGUCCAGCCUUGCCAUAGGCCUCCACCGGAACCCUUUUCUCUACUGCAAUUUUCCGGUGAUAUUACGGCGCUGCGUCAAAUUGCUGCACAACAGUGCUUGAUAUCCGUGACGGAUAUUGAGGAUAUGUAUCCCUGCACACCAAUCCAGGAGGGCAUUUUCUCGAUCACAUCCAGCCUGGGCACCAAUGCCUAUAUCGACAGGUUUUUGUUCCAUCUGGCACCGGGAACAUCUCCUGAAGAUGCAAAGAGAGCGUUAAGUUUGGCUGUGAAUCAAGUACCUGUUCUACGUACAAGAAUCGUUCAACCUCCAGGUGCACAUUCUUAUCAGGUUGUCGUCAAACAACCUAUAGACUGGCGAAGCUAUCCCAGUAUCACCGACUUCACCUCGGCGGACUGUGGUCUCGAGAUGAGCUUUGGAAUGCCGUUGGUAAGCCUUAGUUGCAUUCUGGGAGAAGGGCAGUCCGAAACGAUUGCAUUGACGCUUCAUCAUGCCACAUACGACGGCUGGACACUGUCACUACUCCUUCAACUCGUCGAACAGGCCUACCAUUGUUCAUCUGGAGUUGAAAUCCUUCCGUUCUCCUUGUUCGUCCAGCAUCUCCAACAGCAGCGUGAUCCUACAGCCACGACAAGCUUCUGGCGCGGUGAACUGGCAGACGUUGAACCGUGUGUCUUUCCCCAUUACCCAACUUCUGACUAUCUACCUCGUGCAGAGACUACAUGUGGUCGGCAUAUUAAACUGCCGCCCUCUGAUGGCGUGUUUAGUCCAACAGUCCGACUACGUCUCGCCUGGGCACUUUUGCUCUCAUUGUACAGCGGGUCAGAUGAUGUGGUUUUCGGUAAUGUUGUCGACGGACGUCGAGCAGAUUUCCCUGGAAUAGAGGCUGUGGCCGGGCCCACAAUUGCCACCAUUCCCGUCCGGUGCCAGUUAGAUCACAAAUCCAGUGUUCGAGAUGCGCUUUUGCAGCUUGAAGAAGCACGAUCUCGUGCGAUCCCUUUCGAGCAGUCUGGCUUGCAGCAUAUUGCUCGGGCAAGUAAGGAUGCUGCAAUGGCAUGUCGUUUCCGAAGUCUGCUUGUGGUGCAGUCCAAUGCCCAGGGUUUCGAGGCCCCCCCCAUUCUGGGCCGAGUGGAGACAAGGUUAGGUGGUAUGCAAGGCUUCCCAGGAUAUGGGCUUAUCCUCGUCUGUGAGCCCGGGCUCGAGAGCUGGUCUCUAGAACUCCUCGUCGAUACAAACGUCAUUCCUAAGUCCCAGGGGGAAAGAAUGCUGGAUCAAUUGGCCCAUGUUCUGAGUCAGCUUUCGGGGCAUGAGUGUAUGCUCGACGAGCUAGACCUACUCUGCGAUGAGGACCAGACUGAACUAUCGACAUGGAAUACGGGUGCUCUAGCCCAGCCAGAGUGCUGCAUUCACGAUUUGUUUGCCGAAGCCGCUGCGAAACAGCCCGAGGCCAUUGCACUGACGACAUGGGAUGGCAUAAGUCUGACUUAUGCACAACUCGAUAAGCUCACAUCUGCAAUGGCAAGUGACUCCCAUCCUGAAAACGCCGUCCCCGAACGCAACAACGUCUGUAUACUUCUUCCACGUUCUCACUGGGUCCCUGUUGCCAUGCUGGCGGUCAUGAAAUCUGGGAGUCCAUUUGUUCUGCUGGAUCUGGAACAGCCGGCCUCUCAACAUGAGAAGAUAUGCCAGCGGGUUCGAGCGAGCCUCAUCGUGACAAUGAAACACUUAGCAGAUAGGGCCAGGGGGCUUUGUGACUCGGUGUUUUUCAUUGACUCGUACACACCGCAGGCCGUGACUCGAGCGUUUGAUGCAAAAACGACUGCGCAGGACAUUGCAUACACAGUCUUCACAUCAGGGUCAACUGGAGAACCCAAAGCGGUCAUUAUUGAGCAUGGACAAUUUGCCGCUGCCGCUAUCGCGCAACAAAAACACUUGCACAUAAAUUAUCAGUCUCGUGUGCUCCAACUUUCCUCUUAUGCCUUUGACUCCUUUGCCGUCGAAAUUCUCACCACGCUUUGUGCUGGAGGCUGCGUGUGUAUCCCGCAAGACGAGGAGUGUCGGACCGGAAUCGUGGCCGCAGUACAGCGAUUUCAGGCAACAUGGAUGGUCAUCACCCCUUCGAUGCUUCGAGUAGUAGACCCUCGGGAUGUGCCGAGCCUGAAUACCGUGGUUGCUGUUGGGGAAUCAAUGCUUGUCGACCAGGCGAAGAAAUGGUCCUCUAAAGUUCAGCUGCUGUGUGGUUAUGGGCCUACCGAGUGCUGCACAGGUGCCUCGGCUAUACCGGUGAACCAUGAGCAGGUGGACGUGCGCAACAUUGGAAACGGUAUGGGCGCCCAUCUUUGGCUGGUCCAUAAAAAUAACCACAACUCCCUUGUUCCGGUGGGCGCAGUUGGUGAGAUCGUCAUCCAGGGUCCGAUUGUGGGUAGAGAAUACCUGGAAAAUCCCGGCAAGACACGAGAAGCAUUCCUAGAUACGACAGACUGGGUUUCUCAACUCGGUGCGGCAUCUCAUGGUCGAUUCUACAAAACCGGUGAUCUGGGCAGAUACAACGAAGAUGGUUCGGUCAUCUUCCUCGGUCGAGACAGUCAACAGAUCAAACUUCGUGGGCAACGGUUGGAUUUGUCUCUCGUCGAGUACCAUUUGCAGCUGGCUUUUGGUGCUGGCUGUACGGUAUUAGCGGCCUUGAUCAGUCCCAAGGGCUCUGAGGGCCAUUCCUUGCUCGCCGCCAUGGUGUACUUGGGCACUGACUCCAGCAUAGAUGGAGAUUCCACUGCUGCCUUUUGCCAGCCCUCCCCGCUGUUUGCCGCUCGUGCCUUGGAUGUCCAGAAAACUAUCCAGGAAGCCUUACCCCCCAUAAUGGUACCGUCGCUCUUCCUCCAACUUCCAAAGCUCCCACUGCUUGUAUCUGGCAAGGCCAAUCGACCAGCACUGAAACGGGCCGCAGAGGCCACUUCGGCGCAAGACCUGGCUGCCUUGGGACAGAUUGGCUCACAGAAAGUGAUUGAAUCCCUGGCCGAGGAUGAAAUUAUCGCACAGACUCUUUCGCGUUGGCUGAGUGAAAUUGUCCAGAAAAGGUUUGGACCCUCAGACACGCAGUCUGCCAGUGGUCAAAUUCUUGGACGGAAUGUAAGCCCCGCUCAGCUGGGAUUAGAUUCUAUUGAUAUGGUUCUUUUGGCCCAAUCAAUUCAGCGCGAGUUUCACAUCACUAUCCCGACUUCUGCCCUCUUCCAAACCAUGCCGAAGGUCCGCGAUAUUGCCACUAUGAUUGCUGCCUCCUCCACAUCGUCCAAGGGCGGCUCCAACCCCAUUCCAGCAGAUUCCGCCCCUUGGUGGAAGGACUAUCAACGGUUAGAGGCCGAGAUGGACACUUUUUUCCCCAAGCCCGAAUCAUUAUCCAGGGACAAACAUAUCAUAGGAUCGAUGCCGAGAAAGCGAUUCCGUAAUGUGUUUCUUACAGGCGGCACAGGGUUUCUUGGAACACGGAUUCUGCAGUCACUCAUAUCGAAUCCUGACAUUCAGUCAGUCACUCUCCUGGUGCGUGGUCCCAGUCUUGAAGCGGCAUUCGCCCGCAUCAUUGCGGCCGCGAGUCAGGCCCAUUGGUGGAGACAUGAGUAUCGCCGUGUGAUUCGAGUCUGGCUCGGGGAUUUAGCUCAACACAAUUUGGGACUAUCAGAUGAGAAUUAUGACAUUCUAUGCGGAGAGACUUUUGACUCCAUCAUUCACUGCGCCGCCACUGUUCACUGGCUUUAUGACUAUGACACCUUGAAAGCCAGCAACGUGCAGUCUACUUUUACACUCCUCAAGACACUCUCCCGCCGCCAAACUCCCAUUCCAUUCACGUAUGUCUCUGCAUUGCGGCCUGGAGAGAAAGGUGGAUUCCCGGUCUCAGAUGAUCUCAAGAGCACGCUCUCCGCAGAAUCUGGUUACAGCCAGACAAAGCUGGUGUCCGAGAUGUUGAUCGAGCGCUACGUUCAGUCUCAUGGCCAUCAAGGUCACUCCUUUACAAUUGUUCGCCCGGGACUAAUGAUGGGUGCCGCAAUGGACGGAGUAGCCAACCUUGAUGAUGUCAUUUGGCGCACCGUUUCUGCAGCGCUUGAUAUUGACGGCUAUAACGCUGAAGAGAACGAAUCAUGGAUUUAUAUAUCUCCAGUAGAUUGGGUUGCCAGCGUGGUGACACAUGCUACUUUCUUCCGUGCUUCAAGCAAGUCAUCGACACCCGGACAUGCCUCCCUUAUCUCCGUGGAGGAUGGACUUCAUGUCAGGGAGUUUUGGAACGCCAUCAUGGAAGGUACAUCUCGGUCCCUCAGACCUUUAAAUGGGUCGGAGUGGCUAGACCGAGUGCAGGAAAGAGUGACAUCAAUGGGUAGACACCAUCCCCUCUCGCCAGUAAUCGAAUUUGCCAUUGCUACUUCCGGUUGUAUAGGCGCUUCCAUACUCGAGCCAUCUUCCAAUUUUCAACAAGCCUGGUACUCGGCCCAGAGCAUCCUCUGGAUGACAGUUGUCCGCAAUGCCGAGUACCUCACGUCGCUGGACUUCUGGGAGUAUGGCCAACGGGUGACAGGUCAUCAGUCUGCUUCCAAUCGGACGGUUUCAUUAGUUUGA